UCUUAAUAAGACAAAAUUCACUUUAAUAUAAGCCAAUAAUACAACAAGAGACCUUGUCCAUUUCUCUAGAAAGAAAGCAAAGAAAACUUCCUCAGAAGUUCCAAGAAAAUGCUCAAAAAACAACAUUAGAAACAGAGAGAGAAAAAGAAGACGAAGAAAUGGGGAGAGCUCCUUGUUGUGAUAAGGCUAAUGUGAAGAGAGGACCAUGGUCACCAGAAGAAGAUUCUAAGCUUAAGGAAUUCAUAGACAAAUAUGGCACUGGUGGAAAUUGGAUUGCUCUUCCUCAAAAAGCUGGAUUAAAGAGAUGUGGAAAGAGCUGUAGAUUGAGAUGGCUGAAUUAUCUAAGGCCUAAUAUCAAACAUGGUGACUUUUCUGAUGAGGAAGAUAGAGUUAUAUGCAGCUUGUAUGCCAGCAUUGGAAGCAGGUGGUCAAUUAUAGCAGCUCAAUUACCGGGAAGGACUGACAAUGAUAUUAAAAACUAUUGGAACACAAAACUCAAGAAGAAGCUCAUGUGUUUAAAAUCACCUUUCUUUCCACCAACCCAACCUCAAACAUUUUCAAAUCUGUUUAGAGAUUCAUAUUACACCACAACUGGGCUAGAGCACAUGAUUUCAUCAGCCCAACCAAAUCUUAUGUGCACUAGCAAUAACAUGAACUUUCAGUUGGGGACAAAUCAAUAUUCCUAUUUUCAGUGUCAAGAUCAGAGCUUAAUGAAUCCCAUGCAACCAAGUUGUUCCUCAUCUGAUGGAAGUUGCAACCCAAUGAGCUAUGGAAAAGACAUUAAACAAGAGGAAAUGGGCAGUUGUUUACAGGGUCAAAUUCCAACAACUUUUGAAGAAACCCAAAAAUUUACUCUUGAUUAUGGUAACAAUAUUGGAGGUGGUAAUGAUCACCAGCUUGGCACUUGGGCUGAUCAAAGGCCAAAUGGAAUUUUUAAGAACAACUUUCGAAGUAGUCAAUUCCAGUCUGAUAUUGAAGAAGUUAAGGAGCUGAUUAGUAGCUCUAGCAAUGGAAGUGGAUGUAAUAACAGUUUUUUCUUCUACAAUGAUGAAAACAACACAAAUGAGAGAGGGAUGUACUAUUACUAGAUAAAAAUUAAAAUAACUGGCCGGGUUUAAUUUGUGUAGUUGUGAACUUGUGAUGGAAUUGAAUUAAUGAAAAGCUUCUAUUUUAUCGCCAUAGAGGCUUUUCUUUUUGUGCAUUUA